AUAUUACAUCAACCUAUUUUUCAACAAGACGGAAACUACCGUAGACCGUACACUUUUUUAAAAUCGUCUAUUAAAUCGUCACAGAUAGCCUACAUAUAGGUUUGCCAAAAUCAAAGACCUUUCUCUUCUUCGUCAAUUGUUGCUCUGUGCUAAGUCGAAAAAAAGGCGUAGCUUAACUUUUUUCAAUUACUACCUCCCUUUUUUAAAAAGAAAACGCGCUUUCCCCACUCGAGAGAAAUCUGUUUUGUGCCUAAGUUCAAUGCUUCUGAGUUUGUUGUCCUGUACUCUGCUUUUUUUGGUUAGGAAUCGUUUGAAAACAAACUUUUCAAGAGAGUCCAACGAAUUUUGAAUUAAAACUGCUUAUUCAUUAGUUUUUUUUCACUUUUAACAUAUAAUCAAAAUUGAGACAAACAAGAAAUGUCUGUAGUGUAUGAGACUACGGAUUUCUCACAUAUCUGUGCGUUUUGCCGUAACAACUAUUCAUCGCAAAGUAAUUUGAAUCGACAUUUGAGGGAAAAACACGAAUCUGAAAUUGUUGUCUGUGAUGAGUAUGGAAAUUCUUAUAAAUGUUUGGAGGGCUGCAAUUUUUCUUUCAACCGACGAGGUGGACUGUUAUAUCAUUUGGAAAACACUCAUCAUAUUCCAAUAGAGCAGGAAGAAAUGCAUUUCAGUUCUAGAAAUGAAUUUUUAGAGUGGAUGAAAUCAGUAGAGGAUCAUGACAAUGUUCAGUAUGUUAAGCAGCGUACAUUCAAAAAACUACAUACUCCUACUUGUUAUUAUACUUGUAGCAGGAGUGGUAGAAUCGACUUUAAACAAGGCUCAAAUAAAAGGAAAGGGAAGCCUAUUAAUAUGGGUAUUCGCUGUAUAAGUGGAAUCAAAUACUUUGAAACUCAACCAGAUAAAAUCAAAGUUAUUUAUCACAAAACUCACUAUGGACAUGACUGUGAUAAUGAAAAUUUCAAGACGAAAUGCCAAGACCCACAAUCUAAAGAUGCAGAUAGUGAAACGACUUUGAAAAUUAAGGAAUUGAAAAAAUGUGUCAAUCGUGAAUUUAAGAUAUUGUCACAAUUAGCAGAACAGUCGUCAGAUGCCCAAGCCUUACAGCGACUUCAUGACAUGCUCCUAGAAAUUAAUGCUGUUUUUCAGACACCCAGUGCUAAAAAGACAAGACAUAUAAGUCCAGAACAUAUUACAGAUCUAUUUGUUGAGCAAAUAGACAAAAGGAUUCUAUUUAAAAAUUUAGCUGAUGAUAAAGUGCUUGUUGUCCAACAUGAUCAUGGAUAUAGUUAAGAGAAUUCUGGACCUUCCUGAUUAACACGUUCGCGGACAGUUUUAGGAUAGGCGUGGUUCCAGCAAAAUCACUUUCUCAAUUCAAUGAUUUAAAUAGAAUAUUUGAGUUUUAGACUGUAGAUAUAUUAUUUUGGGGCAAUUUUAAAAUAAAAAUACACAUUUUUGCAAUUUUUUUCAAGGACGGUUAUACCCGUCAUUUGCAUAUAGAUAGUUCAAGUAUAUCCAUUUUGCAAAUGACGGUUAUAGCCGUGGGUGAUUCUCUGUAAACUCGUCAACGCACCAUACAAAUCUGUCCAGAGAUUUUAUAGCAAUAUAUAUCAAAGAAACACCAUCUAAGGCCUACGAAAUCGACACAUACAUCUCAAACACGAAAAUGCCCAUUGAAGAAAUAGCUAUUUUCUCCGAUAUUAGCUGUUUUCUAAAAGUUCUUAGCAGGGGACUGUUAUAUGUAACAGAGGACUGUUUCAAGCAGGGCAGGGGACUGCCUAGUGAGGUAGGGGACUGUUUAAAAUUAAUAAAAAUCGUAGGCAUGUGCUUAAUAUUCUUUAUUUUGCAUCAUCAGUGGUACCUCUAUGACCACUUAAUAGUAGUACAGUAAAAAUGAAUACAAAAACAUAUAACGUCAUACAAAAAUAUUCAGUUUCAUCAAGAGGCACAUAACAUUUCAUAUUUUGUACUACAAAUGAGAUCAAGAAACUAGUUUCACAAAAAAAACUCAACAACCUUCACUAACACUAUUAUGAUAGUACAGUAACAAAAUAAAACUUCACUUACAAAUUUUUAUAGAAAAACUAACAUUUUUAUACGUUUGAUGGUUCAUUAGAAAGCCAGGCAUGGAACAUCCAGAAAAUAUAAAAACUCAACAUCAUCACCAUGUGGUAUAUUGUAGUUUUGUACUCAUAAAAAUAGUAUCACAAAAGAUCACCGUCAUUCAUUUAAAAUGCCCCUACCGACAUAUAUAUGCAAUAUUGUUGUAGUUUACAAAAUAAAUCUGAACUUACAAACAAAACUUAAAAAAAAACUAUUCUCUGAGUAUCGGCCAGAUGACUUCGUAACUUGAAAGAAACAAUCAUCUCUCAUACACGUUCACCAAAGACUCAAAUUUGUAAAAUAUUCGAUUCCCUUUCAGUAUUAAAUCAGGACUCUCCAACUUCUGAACUACAUGGUCAAAUGAUACAUCUGAUAUGUCACUUUCAUCUAUUUUAAAGGUUUGAACCUUGUCAUCACAAACCUUUAAAAAUGUAACACGCAAAUCAUUUUCCUCUUCGUCGACUUUAUUAACCACGGCAGCAUAUCGAUACUCCACAUGUUUUACCAAAAAUCUAACAAGAACGUAGUCUCCAGUGCUAUAACAUGAAUGCUGUCGACCACUAGUUCCAGCGACUUCAUCACUGACGACAUUCACAGGCAUAUUUGACUUAUACUCGCUUAAAUUUAUAUUACUAUCCGAAUCCGAUUCUGAAAACACAUCUUCUACUCUCAAUCUUGGAUUCAGGUCAUAAGUAAUGUUACCUAUCUUAAAAUGCUCACAGAUGCCUGUGUUGCAAAAACAGCUGAGGCUCCUCAUUGUUAAGGUUAUACAGUUUGCUGGGAGGUCAGAAAUGGAGCUAGAAAAGACCCCUGUGACUUGAUGCACAUUUAACGUGCCUUUGAAGCCCUUCUGCUUAAAUGCCUCCUGUUGAAGUUUAUUGGACAUUUCCUGAAUAUCUUGACUGUCGAUUGUGAUGCAAGUUAUAUUUGGGCAUCUUUCUUGGAUACAUUGUACAAACUGUUCGAUAUUAUUUAUAUCGCCACCAGCAUUUACAACAAAAUCGGCAGUUCUUUUACAGGUUGGACCAACUCCAUCUGGUGCACCUUUCCCAUGCCCACUCUCGGUAUAGUUCCAGGUGAAUUGUUCUAUACCUGGAAUAUCUUGCGGUAGUUUGGUUGCCAUCAUAAAGAACAUUGUUUUGUUACGGUAUUGCGUAACGGGGCCAUCGCUCAAGAAAUGUACAUGCUUUAUGCCACAUGGAAGUGAUUGAAAAAUGGGUCCUAGGUCCUAGAUGUACCCAAAUAGCAGCAGGUGAGUGGGCUAUGUUAUCUGAUAUCGUGCAGUAGGAAUGUAUUGUACCUUUUAAAUAAACUACUACUGUAUGCAGGCUCAAUUGCGCUCUAGAUCCACCGAAAUGAAAUGCUUGUAUCUCUUCAGCAUACUUUGUGUAAUAAUUUUCGCUGAAGUCGAUAUGAAUAAGGACAUCGUCGUCUUGUAGAUUUUGUUUUAAAUGAUUUAUAGCACUGUAUUGAUGUAUGAUAUUUCUUUGAUGUACAAAGAAUUUUUCUAAAUCUGUGUGUAAUUGUGAUAUUAUUUGACGGGGAUGUCCAUUGUACACCAUUUUCAGGUGUUUUGUCACUAUCUUUGGCUUUUUCGUCUUUAAAUCUAUGAUUUCUUGUCUUUCUUGGACCCACAUCUUAUAUUUUAUGAUUCUCUUAUCGUUGAAUUCUUUAUAUUUAGGAAGUCUAUUUUUGCAAAGAAGGCAUCUUCUUGAUAAGCAGUUUUCAUUAUACCGGACACAACAUAGCUGUUCCAGUAACUUCUGGUAGUUGUUGUAGGCAAUUAUCUUUGCAUCAUAUAGAGCCCGCAACUUCAUGUCCAAAUUACUGUGAGUUACGCACAAGCAUGUGUCACGAUUUUGUGUACUUGGUCUUACUACCCAAAAUGGACGCAACCGACAGAAUGUUUGAUAACUAAUCUUGAAGUUAUUUGCCAAAAAUUUUUUGUAUAAAUUAAGAAUCGUAUCAAGAAGAUAUCUCUUUUGCUUUCUCACAUUCUGUUUUGUAACGUAUUAUUUUUUCCCAGCUCCUAUGCGACUGUUACUGUCAUCUUCAAAAAAGGACCGAACAGCUUGCUUAUAAUACCUUAUUGGUAUUCUUAUCCGCCGUAUCACAGGCACGGUCAAAGUAUUGUAACGUUUUGUACUCUGAACACCUCUAUACAAAACACCACAGUCUCUGGGUAUACACCGCCUGUACUUUUGUAAUCGAACUCCAGACAAGACUUUCGUAAAUAUUUGUUUAUCUUUAAAACAUUUUAAAUUUGAAUAAUUUUCUUUGAGUUAUUCAUUUAAAACGUCGCUAAACAACGCUUUCUUAACCACUUCUUUUCUACCUCCAGGUUCAUUCAACAUCUUCUGCAUUUUAGUGUUGGGUGUGUCUGCUUUAUUUUUCUUCUAUUUUGUAAUCUUGUUAUUCUUUUCCUAUAUUUAUCUACUUUUUUCUUUAGAGCUUCUAUCUUCUCAUCCUUUUCCUUAUUCACUUUUUCUCUCCGCUUUUUGACUUGCCUUCUUCGAUGUGAAUUGAUAGCCGUUACCGUAGGGAUCUGGUUACUAGGAAAGUCAAUGGAAACUGAAGUGUUGCAUCCUGCAGAUGAACAAGGGCUCCCUUGAUCAGAUGAAAGCAUGUUUGCACAUGGUGUAUUGAGAGCCACUGUCGCAUCCUUUUGUUUGGCCCGGUAAGCAGCACAAUGCUCCCUCCACUUUUUUAAGGCAGCCCUAUGUUCACGUGAAGUCAUGUCUUUGGCUAAUUUUCUCAAGCCUUUUUCCUUUUUUCUUUCAUAUUUCAACUUCUCCUUUAUUCGCAUGUCUUCCCUCAUUUGCGGGUCAUUCUUUUUUCGUUGGUACCUCAAACGUUUAGCUUCCCUCUUUUUCUGUAAUAUUUCUUCUCUGGAUAACUUUUUCCUUUUCGAAGCCAUCUGUAAAAAAUUCUUAUGUUUAGUGCGAUACAUAUAAUAGCGUUGACUGCAAAAUAUCAACAGAGAACUGAUAUCAGCAGUCCCCUGGAAUGGGCUACAGUCCCCUGGCAUCUUGGAGGCCAGAGGACUGUGUAUUUCGAUUAAAUCAUUCAACAUCAACGAAACAGCUGCUAGGGAUUCAAUUUCACGACAACUGAUCACUCAACACAGGAAUUAUAGGAGCAAUACAUAAUACAUAUAUGGUUAAUUAUGAAUAUUAUAAACUUUAAUACUUACCAGAGGACUGUGUGCUGUAACGGCCCUGACACGUGCUCUCACAAGAAACGACGCGCUAAUACUAACCAAAAUGGCGCUGCGCAGUCGCUUGCUGCAGUGGAGCGACCUUGACCAUAGGUGCGUUCCGUUUAAUGCCGAAUAUCAUUUGAGACCGGCGCAAACAUCUUUUAUUUGAGGUUAGAGAUUUGUACAGGGUACUGUUUGGAAAAAAUGUGGACAAAAUUACACACAUUUUAGAAACUUGAUAAAUUUAAAUUAUAGUAUCAUUUGACAGAAUUGUCAUAAUUUGGUUUAUUCAUUUUCAAAGGACAAUUGGCCACAUAGCAUGACAUUCAUAAAUCCAUUGAAAAUAAUAUCACAAAGUGGAUAUCAUAGGAAUGGGACAGCCCAGGGGACUGUGUUUCAUGAUAUUUGGGAGCAUAUAAAAAAUAAACUGUAACUAUUACCAAUAUUAUAUCAAUCGCACAAGGAAGGCAUAUUGUUAAACUUAUUGUAUAAGCAUCCUUUAUGUUUUAUAUAACAAUACUCAAUUGAAUAUCAGACAUGGACCGGGAUUUACGACUUUACAGAGAAUCACCCCCGUAUAUGAAAACCAAACGAAAGCACACAUUUCGGUGAAAAUAUAAGUGAAUAAAAUCAGGAAUACACAUAAAAACAGCAACAAAAACUUAAUACAUAACCUGAUUAACAAAAAACAAUUGGUUUAUUUAUAAUAUUCAUUAUUUUCAUGGUUGCUCUCAAAGCAUGUAGGACAUAAUGCAGGUUUAUCGCGGCACCCCUUACAUCUAACAGAAGUCUCUUUUCUAACAUUGUUCUUCCAGCAUUCCUUACAACGUAGGAAAUAAGUUUUUCUUUUGUAACCUUCAGGUGCAGGUAUUUUCUCCGGAUAAUGUUGAAAUACUACUCGGUGCUGAUUAGACGGUUGAUAAGAUGGACCAGGUUCAACAGUUUUCAGGCAAAACACACAGUCUUUGGUCUGCCUGUCCUAGUUUUUAUUAGAUCAGCACCAUUAGUAACGUUUGCUGGAAGUUGAAGCAAACUCUGAAUUAUAUUAUCUCUAAAAUUCAGAAACGUCUCCUUGGGGUACAUUUUUUUGUAAAUAUAAUAAGAGUUCCAUAGACACAGAUCCAACAGAUGGAAUAAAAUUUUCUUAUACCAUCGUAUGGUUUUGCGAGGCGAGGAAUAGUAUUGAACCAUUUGGUCACAACGAUCUAUGCCCGACAUGUUCUCGUUGUAAUCGGCAAUUGCUUUGGGUUUCAUUUUCAGUUGGCCAAAUUUGUUAGGAACUUCUAUUAGUGCAGGAUUGUUGGCAGUUGAUAUAAAAAGCACCUCCCUCUUAUCCCUCCAUUUCGAGACAUAUAUGUCCCCAGAUCUUCUCCAUACAUGCUCUCCCUUUUUUAGCUUACAAUCGACUUCUGCUUUUGGAUUGCCCUUUCUUUUUUUGCGAAGUGUCCCAGUUGUGUGCGUUUUGCGACUCAAUAAAUCUUCGGAUAACUACCGAAUUGUUGUAGUUAUCCAUGUAAAUCGGGAUCUCCAUUAAACGUUCCAUCGUCUCGGUAUUCCUCCGGCUCCGAAGCUGAGUCUUCAAAUAGUUGCAUAUCUCCAUCUUCGCCGUCGGCGUCGCUUUCUGCAAGCAUCUCAUCAUGAAGCUUUUGAAGAUAUGCCUGGUUUUUUUCGUACCAGGACAUUGCCUAAAAUUGAUAAUCAUAAAUAUCCUGAACCUUAAACGUCUUAACAAACGCCUAAUCGUCUACAACAAAUAAAAUGAAAUAGAAAAUAUAAAAUACUCACCGAUUUACCUUCUUUUUCGCACACAUACAUAAUAACUAACCUAAAAGCGACCUCUCAGAACGACAAUUAUUCUUCAUAUAAUGAGCACUUAUGCAGUUUUAAACGGCUAUAGCCGUCAAAACAAUACAAGAACAGACACGCAUAAAAUUGUACACGUGUUUGAAUAUGCGCCUCUCACGGGGCAUUUUUCUGAUUGGCGUAUGUUCCAGCAGAUUUAGUUGGCUAAUCCAUCAAUGUUCAUGGAAUUUGUGACGGUUCAAGCCGUUAUUAAAAGAAAUAGACCUGACUGCUAUAACCGCCAUGUCCUAUAUUAGGGAAAACAAUAUGACGGUUAUAGCCGUACUGUCCGCGAACGUGUUAAUGAGCAGUUUUAAGCGCAAGUGACAAGCUUUUCUAACCUAAAAUAUUGUUAUACAGCUACUUUGUUCUACUUUAGUGAACUAUGUAAAACAACAACAAAAUGCUAAUUAAAAUGUGUGCUUACCAUCCCUGAGAAUCCAGUUGGAUCUUAAAAUUUGCAUAUUGUAUUUGUGUACAAUUUUGAGUAUUCUCUCUGAGGAAAAUUUGCUACUCGUUGCUCUUUACAAAGUUUUGAGGGAAGGUAAGCUUUCACAAAAAUUUAUCAAGUUACCUCUUGCCAAUGAUUGCCUCCCUUCCUGAGAAAAAUUCCUGUGGGCGCCCUUGAACUCAUCAAAUAAAAACAGUUAUCGAAAUCAAACAUGAAUAAAUUUAUUGAAACAACCGCAGCCACGUUAUAAUUUCCAAAAAUACUAUUUUUAAGUCAUUAUACAAAGGUGUAAAAACAUUUGCAAUAUAUCGAGUUUAUGGCUAGUCCGUCUGUGGAGAACUAGUUUUCGUUGGGUUAUAUCGUCGCUUGAGUUCUAACACAGCGUAACUCAAAAUUGACGACUUUUUAAAAUAGCGAAAGAACGGUGGAUCUUUGGAUUCCCUAUCGAAUGACACGCAUAUCUUGAUGGCAACAUUUUUUGUGUUUCGCGAUGUUAAAACUUAAGCCACGAUAUGUGAAAAGUAUGUAUAUAUUUAACAAAAAACUAUUUUCAACGACGUCUGCUUUAGGGGCCUGUUUCUCCGGAAUCAAGAGGUGCUAUCAAAUCGAGAGGACCAAAUAUAAAGGUUUCAGAAUAGUCCCAAGUGUCACCCAUUGAAUUCCUGAAAUCCCCAUGUUUGGAAAACAUCCUGUACAUGACUAAACUAAGACAAUAAUCAAAUUCAAGCGAAUAACCAAAUGAAAAUGAUAUUUACCAUUUUGGUUUUGUAUUUACCGAUCCGUUCAAGCGAGUGUGGUUAUCAGUUUGGUUAUAAGAUCCGUGACGUCAUGAAUCAGCUGUUAUAUGUCAUAGUUAUCACCGCAAAAUUGUGGUAUUUACCCAACUCUAGAUUAGUUUUUAUAUUUCUGGUUAUUAUUUGAAAUGUGACAAGUUAGAAUUUUGCCGGGUAUUGGAUAUUUUUGUUGUACUUCAGCUUCAUUUUUGGGAAACUUGAUACAGGCUGACCUUAGUUGUAGCAUAAAGUAGAGCACCUUAUUAGUUAUACUCAUCACUGUUGUUGGGGACACUUUAAAUCUAGUUCCUAUGCUUAACAAAGUAUCCUGUGUAGCCAUAUACCACAAGAAUAUUAAAAUAUGGCCAUAUAAACUCACUGGAUAAUGUCCACCUGUAUACGGUUUUGCUAAUAUCUUUUUUCGUAUCAUUUCUGCUAAAUCAAUAAAUGUUUUCUUUGACAUGCGGAAAAGUUUAGAGAACUGAAAGUUUUCAUAGCUACAAAGCUUUCAUUAAA